UUUGAAUGCUGAGAUUCCGAAAUCUGCUCAAAAUGGCUGACGAGACUCUCAACAAGAAGCUCAAGACUUCCUCCCCGUUGAUCGGGACCCAUAACGGGCACUUCCACGCCGACGAGGCCCUCGCCGUCUACCUCCUGCGUCUCCUCCCGACCUACUCCUCCUCUCCUCUUCUGCGCUCGCGCGACCCGGCCCAGCUCGAAACAUGUCAUACGGUCGUUGACGUCGGCGGUGAAUACGACGCGGCCAAGAACCGCUUCGACCACCACCAGCGCACCUUCACGACGACCUUCCCCGCGCACAACACGCGGCUGUCGUCCGCCGGCCUGGUCUACAUGCACUUCGGCAAGGCGAUCAUCGCGCAGCACCUGUCGCAGCCGCAGGAUCACCCCGACGUGGCGCUGCUCUACGAGAAGCUGUACACGGACUUCAUCGAAGCGAUCGACGCCAACGACAACGGCGUGUCAGUCUUCGACCCGGCAGCGGUCUCGGCCGCCGGCCUCGAGAAGCGCUUCAAGGAUGGCGGCAUCACGAUCACGUCCGUGGUCGGCGACAUGAACAACCCGGACCCGACGAUCGGGCCGAACGAGCCCCAAGACGAGGACAGCCUGUUCGGCCGGGCCAGCACCUUCAUCGGCAACGUGUUCACGCGCAAGCUGCACCACGCGUGCUCGUCGUGGCUGCCGGCGCGCACCACCGUCGGGGAGGCCUACCGCUCGCGGCACACGGUGCACCCCUCCGGCGGGAUGAUCGUGCUCCCCAAGGGCGGCGUACCCUGGAAGGAGCACCUCUACAACUUCGAGAAGGAGGAGGGCGCCGGCAAGCCCGAGAACCAGGUGUACUAUGUGCUAUACCCGGAGAGCGCCGCCCCGGACGCCAAGUGGCGCGUGCAGUGUGUGUCCGAGAGCGAGAGCAGCUUCGUGUCGCGCAAGCCGUUGCCUGAGAGCUGGCGCGGUGUGCGCGACGCUGACCUCGACGGCGUCCUCGCUGCCGAGGCGGAGAAGACCGGCAAGCCCCGUAUCCCUGAGGGAGCCGUGUUCGUCCACGCUAGUGGAUUCAUCGGCGGUCACCAGACCAAGGAGGGAGCGUUUGCCAUGGCUGCGCGGGGACUGGAGCAGUAACUCAUUUACGAUGUGAUGUCACAUGAUGAAGGGAAGAGUGAAAAAAAAAACCCGAGGAAUGAAAGACGCUUUUUAGAUCCCAUUGGGAAUCAUGAUGUUAUGUUAGUCUAGCCAGGCUUUAUAGUUGGAGCAGUCAAUGUCAUAAAACCAUUGGUGUCG